AGUUCGUCCUCUGGCUUUUAUUAUGAAAAAAAUGUUUUGCCGGCCAUAUUAAAAAACGUGAACGCUGCUUGAUGAAGCUAGCGAAACAAAACUUGAUACAAGAACUUUAAUCGGCUGAUGCUACCAUGGACGAAUAUCUCACUGAUGGAUACAGUGAGCCAUGCGCUCAGUGCGCUGCUGUUGACUGGGGGGUUUCUGUAGAGGAACAAUUCUUCUGCAAAAAGUGUCACAAUGUGAUCGAGAGAACAAUAGACAUGGUGGGUGAGUGCAGCCUUUACAGCAACCACAGCAAAAUCUCAUACAUCGCAAGACCCAAGAAUACUGCAAUGGAAUUUCCACAAGACUGGAUGGUCUGUGAGGGUUUUCAGUUCGUUCUGAAACAGCAGGCUGAUGCUUUGGUUAGUCUUGGUGUUUGUUUGCAGUUUAAGACAGAUGUAAUGUGGAAUUUCUGGAAGAGAUACCUGCAGAACACCAGGCAAGCUUUCGUCAACAAUCCAGUUUCCGCUGCAGGGUUUUCAGCGGUAAAUGAUCUGAACUCUGAGUCUAAGAGUAAGCCAGAGUCUGUGGCCUUUUGUGAGGAGUCAUUUCUGAUUGGAGCUCCUUCAGAGGCAGAGAAGCCAGCCUCAGGCUGCUCCAAUAAAAGACGGUCAGGCUCUUUAGAUGCUUCGUUAUAUGUGAAAGGAAGGAAGAGCCGUAAUGUUAUGACCAUGCCACGGACACUGGCCCUGUGCUAUCUGGCUCUGCUGUGGGUGCGAGAGGCCAUCACUCUGGCUGAUUUACUGAGGCUGGUGAAAGAGAGAUGUGUUCCAUAUUUGAACAUUCAUGAGUAUAUUCCGAAAGAUAUGAGAAUAUACGGACAAGAUUCCAAAAUCUUUCGAGUAGAUUCCAUACCUUCAUACUCAACGGUCCACAAAGAAGCUGUAGAGCUGGCUAAGGUCAUUAAAUUGCCUGCCUUCCCAACGGUUUCUCAAGAUUGCUUGCUCCACCCAAUUCCACUUACUGUCCGCUAUCUGCUGGAAUCCAACCUACCUGAUGGGCUUCUUGUUUGGGUCCACAAGGUUAUAGAUGAAGCUUCAAUGGGAGAUGACUCCUUCCUGACCUUUGACCCUGUCAAGCAGAAGCCUGCUCUCGUAUGCUAUGACAUUCAGGCAGCAGCUGUCAUUAUUGUCACCAUGAAGCUCCUUUUCAAGUUGGAUGAUCGGGUGGAGUGGACUUCAUCUUGGAAAGCAGCCAGUGAGAAGAAAAAGAAAGUGUUCAAUGUAGAAAGGUGGUAUAAAGUAAUGCAGCCUGCCUUUGAGCGAGCUCGACAGAAGAUGGAACGAGAAGAAGCCCGACAACUAUGGAAAUCCCACGAACCUUUCAUCACAUCUCUAAAAGACAAGAGUUUGGUUUUCAAAAAGAGACGUGUGGUUAAUCAUUUGCAGCACAGAUUUCAGAAGUUAACUGACUCCACUCCAGAACAACAGUGUUUCACCACAACCGCUUUCUCCAGCUUUCAAUUCCACUGGGGAAGAGAUGACGGUUCAUACGGUCGCAGUUUGCAUCAACACCGGCUGAACUGUACCUUUAAGAAAAAAGGGGUCAAGAGGCUUACCAACCGAAAAUUCUGGCAUACAGUUCUAAGUGUCUGCCCACCUACUUGUAGCGAUCAUUUCUCAGAAAUUGAGGCCAGCCUGCCCAGGAUGUACGUGUGGCUCCUCGAUCUCUUCUCAUUUCUGCUGGGGGUCAGUCAAGCACAAGUCCACAAAGAGGUCCUCAACAUAGAACGACGCUUCCUGAAGAGAAAACGUCCGCCUGUGCCUAAAAGCACUCAACGUCCGUCUGUGACUAAAAAGACUCCACGUCCGUCUGCGACUAAAAAGACUCCACGUCCGUCUGCGACUAAAAAGACUCCACGUCCGUCUGCAACUAAAAGUACACCACAUCAGUCUGCAACUGAAAGGACUCUGCGUCCUCGGAAAAUAACAAAAGCGUAAUAAAACAGGCAUGCUAAUGUAUUCUCAAAUAUAUAUUUGCGAAUCAUUUCAAGAAUUUUAUAAGUUGUCUGUAGCCAGUGACAUGAUGUGUGAUAUGACCUUUGUAAGGUUCAAAUAACAUGAAAGUUUUAUUUUAAUCGGCUAAUGAGCAUGACAUUGAACUGUACUGUAUUUCAUUUCAGUACAAGUAUGUCCUAUUUAAAGUUUUUUGAUGAAAUUGUUAAACUUUCACCUUCCUGAUGUGAGCAUCAAUCUACAAAAAUAACAUUAAAGGGAACAAAAUUAGUUUCUAAAGAUACCGAAUUGGUGUUUUUUUUGUCAUUUUUAUAAUUUAUAUUCACAAUAUGCUUUGGAGCGUCUAUGUUUUGCUUAAAAAUAUCUAUCCCAUUCGUGUCUCUUGAAUGUAUGUUGUAGCCAGAGCCAUUGAGAGAGAGAGUUACGCCACCGGAAGUUCAAAAUUUUUGCGCGUCACGUGAUUCAUAAAGGCUUCAGAUAGUUCCAGGAAAUUGU